UUGUUAUAUCACGAUAGAGGCACUACAAUGAAGUUAAAGCUAUUGCUUUUGUUUGCGUUCUUCUACGAGACCGUAGAUGCGCAUUCAGAGAUGAUAUUUUCCAUUCCAAAUAAAUGUGUUGCCAAAAAUUUGCAAAAAUCUUUUGACGGGGCUGGAUCAGUGGCCAAAACGUAUCCUGGGACAACCUACCAAGUCGGUGAAACAUUGAUGACAUCAUGGAAAAUAUUAAUAGACAAAGUGGGAACGUUAAGUAAAAGCAAUUCAACAAUUUUAUCAACAUCCUCGGCUGAAUUAUUAGAGUCAAUGAGUAUGUUGAAUAAAUUUGGCGUAUCAGCAACUAAUAUUCUACGCGAAUGGGCUAUAGUUAUGCCAACAUAUUCGAAGGCAAGGGCAAACAUUGUCUCGAAUCUUUCGGAAAAAAUUGGGGAACUGACACAAUGCGUCAAUCAGGCCAUAGAGAAAGAAGCAUCGGAAACUAUUAAGAUUGUAGAGCAAUUUCAAAGUCUGGAUGGUCAAAGUGAUGGUUUGAAAAAAAUUGAACCCAAAGCCCUAAUCAAAGCAACGCAAAUUGUGAUAAAUAUAAUAGCUCUUAUAGCGGAAACUUCGCUAGACAUUUGUGAAUUAAAGCCCGAUGUUUAUGAGGGAGUAGCUGCUGUAAUUCUACUAUGUCAUUCCAUUGCAAUUGGUUGUACGGGAACGUAUACCAAUAUUGCAGCAGUUUUAUAUUCGACGUCACUUCAAGAAAUAGCCGAAAUUCUCAACAAUUGUUUACUGGCGCUAACGCCUCUGGUAGAAGGUAUGGCCAAGUCGAUUAAUGCAAUGACAGAUACUGCAGAAAGUAUUUCCGUACUUUUGAAAGAUUUUGUUCGGUUAACUAAAAAGUUCAAUGAUCAGCUGUUUCGUUUUGGUCUUGGAUUUUGCAACGAAGAUCGAAACAAAAGUAUUAAGCUAACAGUCGCCGAAGUUAAACGACAAUUAUUACGUGGUGAUUGAUGAAAAAUUACUUGUAAUUAAUAAAGAGAUUCGUUUCACUUUUCCUAAAU